UUCAAUUCCUUUAAUAUUCCAAAUCAAAAGUAGACUAUUUCUCAAUUAGCCUAAUAUUAGAAUGAGUGUUCAAAUUCUUCCUUUUUUCUUCUAAGGAUAUAACACACACACACAUUUUUCAACAAUAACUUCUGUAGUUAGACCUGCACUGUAGCAUUGCUUUUGGCUGAUACUACUGCUUUAGAUGUUUCCAAUAGAAUGUUACUUUGAAAUAAACAAAGUAAAAACGGAUCGAGAUGAAGAGGUCAAGGCGAGAGCAUUUACUCCGCCCAAAAUAUGUCUGCGUGAGAUAAGCCCAUUUUUUUCAAAUUACUUUAGGAUUAUGAUCGAAUAGAAGUUUCGUAAUGUUUAAGCUUUUACAAAUGUACUGAUAUAAGUGGAUGCAUGUGGCAUUCCGGAAACUUUGAGAAAAAUUCGGUUUAUUUGUGCGUGGUGUUCACACGCGUACCUCCUCUGUCAUUGGCUAGAAUGGUCCCACCUGAUCUUGCCUGUCUUCAUUCGUUGAGCACAUGUAUUUCCAUUGAGUGGUCACUCGGCUCUCUUGUCAAUAUAAUAAAUACUCUUUGCUUUAGGUCAUGUGUAUGAGUGGGCUCGUCUUCAAAUGACCCGCCUAGUUCCUGUUGAAAUUCUAAAGGUGAUUGGCUACGCUCUGUGAGGGUGGAUUUCACUGACGCAUUCCGUUUGGAACAAUAAAUAGAGCGACCAAGGAUCCUUCCAGUUUACAAGUCUGAGAAGACGCAUGAAGAAGUUCUUGCUUCAACAGUGAUUGAACGGAACUCCUCUGCCUUCGUCCAGCAUUAUCGAACAUUCCGGAUUGAUAACAUAUCACUGACUUGAACUAUAAUAGCAAAAUACUCUAAGAAACUCUACCUUUAAUUUUGAUAUAAAGAAUCUGCCGAGAUGGAGUCUCAGAUCCGCCAGAACUAUCACCACGAUUGCGAAGCUGCCAUCAACCGGAUGAUCAACUUGGAGAUGUUUGCCUCCUACACCUACACCUCAAUGGCUUUCUAUUUCUCCCGUGACGAUGUGGCUCUGCCUGGCUUCGCGCAUUUCUUCAAGGAGAACAGCGAUGAGGAGCGGGAGCACGCGGAGAAGCUACUCUCCUUCCAGAACAAGCGAGGUGGACGCAUUUUACUCCAGGACAUCAAGAAGCCAGAACGUGAUGAGUGGGGCAAUGGGCUGGAGGCCAUGCGGUGUGCUCUGCAGCUGGAGAAGAAUGUGAACCAAGCCCUGCUGGACCUGCACAAGAUUGCCUCAGACAAGGUUGACCCCCAUCUGUGUGACUUCCUGGAGACCCAUUACCUGAAUGAGCAGGUGGAGGCCAUUAAGAAGCUGGGAGACCACAUCACCAACCUCACCAAGAUGGAUGCUGUCAACAACAAGAUGGCAGAGUACCUGUUUGACAAGCACACCCUGGGAGACCAGAGCUAAACCACUUCCAUCCCCAGGCUACGUUCUCCAGCCUCAGACCAGGACUCCUGGCUUUUCUGAUCGAUCCUGCUGGCUUUGCAUUUGUAGGGAGGGGAGUGUUAAACUAGUGCAGUGCAACACAGCUGUAACAUUGGUGUUUUUGUUGACCAUACUACUGUAUUGGAGGCAAGGCAUCUUGUAAAACAAUAAAACGUUUCACUUAA